AUGUUCGGCGUCAAGCGACCGAGAGAUCCCUCGGAGCCCGAGGGCCAUGACCCCAAGAAACAGCGUCCGGGGCAACUGCCACCGUCCGCACUGCGGCCCGAUCUCGAUCAGUCCUUGCGCUUCCGGGCACCCACCCUCACCCCAGUCGACUCGUCAGACGAGGAGAGAGACGAGGAUGGAGAUGGAGAUGUUGCUCUGCAGAAGAACCUGGGGCCGGGUCGUCUGCCGACGUUGCAGCUGAAUCCCGGCCACCUCAACGGCGGGAAGCCUCCCUGGCCCAACGGCGACGACCUCUCCCCCUGGCAGUUGAACGCGAACACCAGCAACAGCAGUGUCCUGCCGUCGCCCAUCCCACACAAUCUCGUCCACCAGUCGCUCAGCCUCAGCGAGUCCGCCACCGCGCCGAGCCAUGGCUACUUCCCGACCCCCCGAUCCUACCCUGAUGACCCCGUGAACUCGAUGGAGGGCGUGGCCUUCGACCAACCCCCUACAAUUGCACCCCGUCUCCCCAGCCCAAUCAGCGAGGACGAGGACGUCAGCAGCAGGGCGGGCGGCCGGACCCCCAGCGACGUGGAGAUGAUCUACGAUUCGACCUCAACGCCGCUGCCCUUUGCUGAAUCGAGCGGGCGGCCGUGGACGGAUUCGCUCGUGAUACCGCAGGCGGGCCGGUUGUCUGCCUCGAUCUCGCCCAAGCCCUCGGAGCGUCCCCGGAAGAAGCCCGCGCUGGUGAUGGGAUACCGAGCGGACUGCGACAAGUGUCGACGGAGGGUUCCGGGGCAUUACAGCCACAUCAACAACGACAACUGA